CCACUGCCCGCCUUGGAUUCUCCCCCCGCCUUCUUUGGCUUUGGCCUUCAUCUCGUCCAGCCAUGAAUGCCAGCAAGAUCGAAGCCGAGGCCGAUCCGUCCCCGAGCGGCAGCACAGCCCAGCGCCCGGUCCAGGAUAUUGAUGAUCUGGGCACGUUUGUCGAACAGAUGCUGAGCAAUAUGCAAGGACAGUUCGAAGAAAUGUCCCGCAGUGUCCUCAGCAAAAUAAACGGUAUGGGCCAGCGUCUUGACGACCUGGAAAGAACGAUCGAGGGGUUGAUCGAAAGCACGAGCGACAACAGCGCUCAAUCCUCCGACCCGGCCAACGGCAGACAGCGCAGCGCAAGAGACUGAGGCCGGCUGGAUCCGAACUGCUCGCGCUCGACGGCAAGAAAAGGAAGAGUUCUGGCUUCAAAAGAGCGAAAUGUUGCUGGAAAUCGCCAGGAGGCUUUGCUCGCUGUUAUGCGGAUGAACUUGAGCUGCCGAGUUUGAUGCCAAUGGAACGACCCUGGGAAAGCGGGGCAAGACAGAUAUGUUACAAAAGCGACCCAGCUUCUGUGCGAACAGCCGCAUGUGUGUGUAUGCUGAUGACAAUCCAAGCCGCCGACAGACAGGUUGUGAGUCGUCGGUGGCAUCAAUAGCGU